AAAGGACGUAUCUUCUCAUCCAUCUCUUUGCAGUCAUAGAUAAACAAAGAAAAAGAUUUUUUGAAUAAAAAGUUCGAAGAAUUCUGAAGAGAAGCUCCUCAUGAGCCCAGAGUUAGACGGCCCUGGGUCCCUCUUUACAAUGCCAGACAUGGAGGAGAACUAUAGUCUUGGCCUUCAAAAUAGUUCAGAAAUAACCGAAUGUUUACUGGAUGGCAGCUGUUACAUCAUGAACACUUCGAACUGGCUCGGCCCACCUGAGCUGAUGAACCCGUUGUACGGUACUGUCAUGCCGGGCCUGCUCAUACUCACUGUAGUUGCCAACAGUUUCAUCAUAUUCGUACUUACAAGGUCUCACAUGCAGUCUGCCACAAACAUAAUACUUCUAUCCAUGGCUCUCUGCGAUCUACUCACAAUCCUGAUCCCUGGACCCUGGUAUUUCUGGUUGUACACCCUAGGAAAACAUGAGGACCUGUUGUACUCAAACAUCAAUCUCUGCUACAGUUUCGAACUCUGCUUAGAGAUCCUUCCACAGAUGUUUCACACGGCUUCUAUCUGGCUAACUCUAGUGCUGGCUCUGCAGAGAUAUAUCUACAUCUGUCGGUCCCAUCUGGUGAAACAGUGGUGCACUCUGUCCAUCGCUAGAAUAUCAGUCUUCUUGGUUCUAUCCCUCUCCUUCCUUCAUAUCCUUCCAAGGCUAUUCGAUAAAACAUACUCAAUACAAACCCUAGGUAGCCUGGAGACCCCUGGAGAACCCCUGGAUGUUUGUCAGGUUGAAGUUUCAAACUGGGUUAAACUUUUCUCAUUGGAUGUAUACUUCAACAUGUUCUACUGGUUCCGUGUUGUAUUUGUGCACCUGGUUCCCUGCAUCCUGCUGACCAUCCUCACCAUCCUCCUCACCCAGAAGAUGUUCAGGGUGGAGAACAGAAGGAACAGGAUGCUCUCAUCCAAGAGAACAAUUCUGAGUGAUAUUCUAACAGAAGAGGACGAAGCUAGGGUGAGAAUAUUCCAUCAUAGGAGCAGAAGGAAGGAAAGUAAGAAAAUGCACCGAGAGAACAAGCGGCAACGUGAUGCGCGGAAGACGAGCUUAAUGUUACUUGUCGUCAUCCUUGUAUUCCUGGCUACAGAGAUACCUUUCAUGGUCAUAACAGUUCUACAUACUGUUCACUCAAGUCUGUAUGAGUUCCUGGACUAUGAGAAGAUACGAUACACCAUUCUUAUCCUUAACACAACCAUCUGUGCCAGCUAUCCCAUCAACUUCGGAAUAUAUUGCGGCAUGUCCAGGCAAUUCAGAGAAACCUUUAGGGACACGUUCUGGCAAUGUUCCACCUGUAAACCAACCAACUCUAAUCAAAUUAAUCAAAAUAUACCCUCAGCUGUCAGGAUCAACACAGAUAAUUGGAACACAGGAAGGAAUAGUAACAGAACUAUGGUCACAAACUGCUAGUCCCUAAAUAAUCAGCUGGAAGCAGUCCCUAAAUACUCUUUCCCAAAUCAGCUGGAAGCAGUCCCUAACGGCUCUUUUCAAAAUCAGCAGGAAGCAGUCCCUAAAUACUCUUUCCCAAAUCAGCAGGAAGCAGUCCCUAACUACUCUUUCCAUAAUCAGCUGGAAGCAGACCCUAACUACUCUUUCCGAAAUCAGCUGGAAGCAGUCCCUAACUACUCUUUCCCAAAUCAGCUGGAAGCAGUCCCUAACUACUCUUUCCAAAAUCAGCUGGAAACUGUCCCUAACUACUAUUCCCGAAAUCAGCUGGAAGCAGUCCCUUACUACUCUUU